AUGGGCGCAUUUUUCCAGAAGCUCAUGGCCAACCGGUCCGGCCUCAAGGCCGGGAACCAGAAGACCAAGGCGUCGGAGCUCACCGUCAGGGAAUCGCUGUUGCCGCUGUUCCUCGUCACCAUCCUGUACUUCCUCUGGGGAUUUGCCUACGGUCUGCUGGACACGCUAAACAAGCACUUUCAAGUCACCCUCGACAUCACGCGUGCCAGGUCUGCCGGUCUGCAGGGCGCAUACUUCGGCGCCUAUCCCCUCGCCUCUCUCGGCUUCGCCAACUGGACCCUCCGCCAUUAUGGUUACAAGGCCACCUUCAUGCUGGGCCUGAUCCUCUACGGCAUUGGCGCGCUGUGCAUGUGGCCCGCCGGGCUCAACCGCUCCUUUGGCGGCUUCUGCGGCGCCACGGUCGUCAUCGGCUCGGGCCUGGGCUCGCUGGAGACGGCCGCGAACCCCUUCAUGGCCGUCGUCGGCCCGCCCAAGUACUCGGAGCUGCGUAUCAACCUGGCCCAGGCCGUCCAGGCCGUCGGCACCGUCGUCGGCCCCGUCCUGGGCUCCUACGUCUUCUUCAAAAACACGGGCGACGACGUCGACUCGCUCGAGAGCGUGCAGUGGGUCUACCUUGCCAUCGGCAUCUUCGUCUUCCUGCUCGCCGGCGUUUUCUUCUUCGUCUACAUCCCCGAGGUCACCGAUGCCGACAUGGCCGCCCAGGUCGAGGACACGCAUACGGGCUCCAGCGACAAGCCCUUCCGCAAGCAGUACCGUCUCUUCCACGCCGCCGCCGCCCAGUGGUGCUACACCGGCGCUCAAGUCGCCAUCGCCACCUACUUCAUCAACUACGUCACCGAAAAGCGCGACAACACGGGUGCCGCCGCCGGCGCCAACUUCCUGGCCGGCGCCCAGGGCUGCUUCGCCGUCGGCCGCUUCUCCGGCGCCAUCCUCAUGCGCUGGGUCAAGCCGCGCUGGGUCUUCCUCGCCUACCUGACGGGCGUCGUCGCCUUCAACGCCGCCUCCAUCGACACGGUCGGCAACACGGGCCUGGCCAUGCUGAUGCUGACCCUCUUCUUCGAGAGCGUCUGCUUCCCCACCAUCGUCGCCCUGGGCAUCAGGGGCUUGGGCAGGCACACCAAGAGAGGCGCCGGCCUGAUCAUUGCUGGUGUGAGCGGCGGUGCUGCUGUCCCCGCCAUCAUGGGCGCUGUUGCCGAUUCACGCGACGACACGGGCUUCGCCAUGAUCGUCCCCGUCAUGUUCUUCGUCCUCUCCUGGUCCUACGCUCUCUGCGUCAACUUCGUCCCGGCCUACCGCGACCCCGCCGACAAGAUCGGCGCCAGCAAGAUCGGCCUCGAGCCCAAGAAGGACGACGAAGAGGCCGCUGCUGCUGGCUUUGACACUGCUGACGUACUCAAGGCCGAUGCCAAGGAAAUCGAGGUCGUCGGCGAGGGUUUGUCGGGUAAGGCUUGA